AUGAUUAUGCCUGAUCAUUAUGCACACUGUUCUUCCACUUGUUUCUCACAAGGAUGGAAUCAAUUUGUGAACGAGGUCCGAAUAUCGUGCAAACUAAACAGUAGACUGACUGCAGAGGGAAAGGGGUCUUUCCUGCCCUGGUUUCGAAUCGGUACUUUUCCUAACGAAGAAACCACAAUGACUUCUUAUCGGCAUCUACGACGUCGUCUUCUGCUAUUGUCCUUCAUCACGGUGUCAGCGUUCGCAGUCUUCAGCUACAUUUCCUCUCCUCCGCAGAUGGUGACUAUCUGGAAUAAACUAACCAAACAACGCCUCGACUGGAAACCUCGUAUAUUUAAGCAACCACCCGCAGAUCCGAAAUUCUGGGUGUUAAUGGCCGCUGUGUAUUCAUUACCAGAAGAAACAAUAAUGCGUAAGGCUGUGCGUGAGACAUGGGGUCAGUACCUCAGUACGGCUUCAAAAAGUCAGCUUUUGUUUUUUAUUGGUCAGUCCAAUGACAAAAGCAUCAAUGACAAACUGUUGGAAGAAGAGAAAAUCUAUCAGGACAUCGCACGACUAGAUUUCAUUGACUCGUUCAAAAAUCAAUCCUUAAGGUCUAUCAAGAUCUUUCAGUGGAUCGUCGAUAAAGGAAUUCAGGUCCAGUUCCUGUUGAGGGCGGACGUCAAAGCUUUUGUCAACAUUCCAAAAAUGGUUGACCUAGUAAAAGGGAUUAGGACCAAAAGAUACAUGCUGGGCCAAGUAACGGAGAAGACAGUGCCAGACAGAGAUAAGAAGUCGGCGUGGUAUGUAUCGACUGAUGAAUACGCCGAAAAAGAAUAUCCCCGAUACUUGCAAAGUUACGGCUACCUCAUGACGGGUAAUUUGAUUGAAACUCUGUUGGAAACGGACAAACUUGAGAAACGUUUUUGGAUUGAAGAUGUGUACAUUACGGGUAUUUUAGCAAAAAAGAUCAAUGUGGCUGUAAUUCAUACAAACCAUUUCACCAAUAGCAAACCAGAAAAAAAAUGUGACUAUCCUAGAGUUAUCGUCUGCUUGUGUACGCCAACAUACGACGCCAUGAAAGACUUUUACGCAAAAGUUGAAAUGCCAGACGAAAGCUGUAUGUUUUAG